UGCCAUGACGCGUGGUAACUCUUCUGGAAGUACUCAGAUUUCUACUAGUUCUAAUGACUCUUCCAUUUUCGGUAUACAAACAUCUCAUGGAAAGCGUCCUUUAGAUGAUGUCACGGAACAUCAAACUUUACCUCCAGCUCUUCGUCGUAAUCCUACUUCUCAAGGAAUGUUUUCGGCACCUUCCCCUCAAUCUUCAACAAUUCUGUCAAGUAAUUCGAUUUCUGUUGCUAAACCUGAACCAAAACUACCUCUUAUUGACGAUCAUGUAAUACCACCCGACGAUAUUGUUGAACAUUUGCUUGAACUUUAUUGGACUAAUGUUCAUCCUUAUGUUCCAGUUCUUAAUAAAUCUAUUUUUUUACAACAACGUGAGAGUCCUGAUGACCCCCCUUCUCACUUGUUACUUAAUGCUAUGUUUGCUGUCGCUGCAGAAUUUUCAGAUCGUCCAUCAGUGCGAACAGACCCUGAAUCUCAUGAAAAAGGUGGUUGGGUCUUUUUUGAUAGAGCCCGUAAUAUCCUUGACUCAUUUUUGGAUGCUCCAAGAAUGUCUACUAUAGCUGCUCUUAUCCUUAUGUCAAUUUAUCAACAACAUAAUACUAGACGUUCUGGAAUUUCUCCUGGUUAUUUUCGUAGAUGGAUGUACAUUGGUAUGGCUAUUCGUAUGGCCCUUGAACUGGAUUUAAACAAAGAUUGUGAUGAUCCUCAUCUUGAUCGUUCUCAUAAAGAAUUGAGAAAACGUUUGUGGUGGUCCCUGUUUAUGGUAGAUGUAUUGGUUUGCUGCGGAAUCGGUAAAGCAAGUAACAUCGAAGAAGAAGAAUGUACUAUUCCUGAACCUGAUGAUAAUGUGAAUGAGCCUGAAUUAAAAGUCGAUGGCGCUCUUAGAGAAUUUAUUCACCAAAUUAAAUUCACCAGAAUGCUUCAUCUCUUACUAAAACAUAAUUUCUCUUAUAAAGUCUCUACUACUUCACCGUAUCUUAAUCAAGAUAGUAUUGUGACCAAUUUUGAAGAUCAAAUUCAAGAUUGGUUUUCUCAAUUACCCAUACAAACAACACAUUCCACUGAGUCUCUUAUUGAUAACUCUAACAAUUAUUCUACAACAAUGUUACACCUUCGCAUGUUAUAUUACUCUUUUAUCAUCCUUCUUCAUCGGAGAUAUAUUGUGAAUCAGGAUUCCCUUUCAAAAUGUAUUCGUGCCGCACAAGAAGUUACUCCUAUCGGUGCUUCAAUACUUCGUAACUAUUCAUCUCCUUUUAGAGGGUUCCUUAAUUGCACUACUUGGUGUUUAUUACAAGCUGGAAUGAUUCAUGCUUUAAAUAAAGUUGUGGGAAAUGAAGCAUCCUGUAGAGUUGCUGAAGAACACUAUGAGAAAAUAGUUCAUCUUUUUCAAGAAUAUUCUCAAACAACCGCUUCUCAUCGUUUGUCCGGAAUAGAUGUAGAUGUUUGGUCACCCUCAGAUAAUCCUACACAACAAUCCCCGGAAAUUUUCCAACCUGCACAACAACCACAUCAUCAAUGA